AUGGAGCCAAAGAGCAGCAGAGAUGACGGCCCCCGGCCUCAGUGCACGGGCACCUACGACGACGACGAGGAACAGAAUCCCGACAUGAUCUACAACGGGCCUUUGACUCGAAGCGCUUUCCGGGCUUUGGUCCAAGACUUUAGUCCCAUAUGGUUCACCUGGUGCAUGAAUGCCGGCGUCAUCGCAACUCUCCUUCACCAGCUGCCAUAUCAGUUUCGGGGACUUCGUGUGCUCUCAACGAUUGCAUUCAUGAUCGACCUGGUCCUCUACCUUGUCUUUUCAGUCAUUUACAUUCUACACUUUCUCAUGUACAGACAACGAGCGUACAAGGAACUCAUCGACAACACGUUGGAGCUGUGUCUGUUCCCCUGCUGGUCCAUUGCCUUCAUGACGCUGGUGUCUUUCGUCACCCUCACCGUGAGCGAAGCACCCUGGGGAGGCCACCCCUUCACCGUCGUGGCCUGUGUCAUGUGGUGGAUCGCAGCGACGUGGAGCUUUGGCAUGUUGCUGUUCGUCUUCUCCAACCUGAUCCAGCAGCACACCAUCUUCGACCGCUAUCUCCCGACUCUCGUCAUCAUCCCCGCCGUCGGAGUCGCCACGUUAGCAGCCGUUGGGGGCGUCUUCGCUUGCUUCGCCCACAAUGUCUCUGCAGGACUCGCCGUCCCCGUCAUCAUCAUGUCCCUGUGCGCUGUCGGGGUAGGGAUCUUCCUCGGCAUGAUCCUGUACACCUACCUCUUUCAACAGCUGCUAGCCAAAGGGUGGCCCGCGCCCCCAAUGACCGCCACCCUGUUCAUCCUCGUCGGACCCAUGGGCCAGUCGGCCGCGGCCCUGCAACUGCUGGGCUCGGCCGCCAGCAGCCACGGAAUGUUUGGCGGGUACCACCGCGGGUUCUUCCUGACCGAGUCAGCCGCCGCGUCGAUGCAAGCGACCUGCAUCUUCCUAGCGCUGCUAAUGACAGGCCUCGGCGCGGUGUGGCUAGGCUUCGCCCUCGUCGCCAUGGCACACCGCAUCGCGAAUAAAGACCUCAUCUGGGCCCCGACCUGGAACGCCAUCAUUUUCCCCACGGGCACGCUCACGACCGCGACCCUGCUGCUCGGCACCGAUCUCGACUCGGCGUUUUUCAAGAUCGUCACCGUCAUUCAGCUCAUCUUCCUCAUUUUGGUGUUCUUCAUCAAUGCUGCUUUUACAUUGUUCAAGAUUUGGAGGGGCGAACUCCUCAUCGUCAGAGAAGAUCCCCGCCUUAAACAGCAGGCGAUGGCGGGGGAGAAACCAAAAGCUACAUAG